GUAAACGACCACAGCAGAGAGUUUCUUUUUUAAAAAUAGAAACAAGUAAACAAAGAGAGUUAAAGUUUAAAUCUACCUUCAUCAAACAUUCAUCCUUUAAAAAGGAUCAACUCAGCCAGCUGUUUGUUAUUAUCACACCUGGGAAAUACAUAGACCACAAUCCAACGCGGUAACGCUCCAGCCAAUGGGAGUCGCUGCUGGAGGAUCAGCCAAUCAGAGCGCGGCGGGAGCUUUCAAACUUCAGACCGGAACUAGGAGGGAGCCGAGCAGGACUCAGCAGGACCCAGGAGGACUCAGGAGGACGAGAUUAACUGAUUUUACAUUCCUGCAUUUUAAACUUCAAACUCCAGAGACUGAGAGGAGACUUCUACAGACCCGGUCCCGACACGGAGUCAACCAACCGGCGGGAGAAGAAGAGGCAACAUGGCGGAUUCAGGAGGACAGAGCCGCUACGAGCGUCUGACCGCAGAGCAGAUGGACGAGCAGAGGGUCCAGAGUGUGGCGUAUCAGUACCUGUGCAGGUUGGAGGAGGCUAAGAGGUGGAUGGAGGCAUGUCUGAGGGAGGAGCUUCCUGCGCCCACUGAGCUGGAGGAGGCGCUGAGGAACGGCGUCCUCCUCGCCAAACUGGGUCACAGAUUCGCUCCGGACGCCGUCAGCCUGAAGAAGAUCUACGACCCCGAGCAGCUGCGCUACAACGCUGUGGGGCUUCAGUUUCGUCACACUGACAACAUCAACCACUGGAGGAACGCCAUGACAUCACUCGGACUUCCAGCGAUCUUUCACCCUGAAACUACAGACGUUUACGACAAGAAGAACAUGCCCAGAGCGGUUUACUGUAUCCACGCUCUCAGUCUCUUCCUGUACAGACGGGGUUUGGCUCCUCAGAUUCAGGACCUGUGUGGGAAGGUGAAGUUCACAGAGGAGGAGAUCAACAACAUGAAGAUGGAGCUGGAUAAAUACGGGAUCCAGAUGCCGGCCUUCAACAAGAUCGGAGGAAUUCUGGCCAAUGAGCUUUCAGUGGACGAGGCUGCAGUCCAUGCGGCGGUGAUCGCGAUCAAUGAAGCAGCGGACAGAGGACGGGUGGAGGCGACGGCGGAGGCUCUGAGGAACCCGAACGCGCUCCUCACCGACCUGCAGGAGGCGCUGAUGAGCGUGUAUCAGGAGAUGCUGCGUCAGGCCCGGAGGAGGAAGGAGGAGCAGGCUGCCAGCAGGGGACGAGGUCCAGAGGAGAAGGAUAUCUACGAGGAGUUUCUGACUCAGAAGGAGAUCCAGAAGAACAUCCACGUGGUGAACGUGCGCUCAGCGGUGGAGCAGGUGGAUGAAGCUCUGGACUCGUCGGAUGAACUCUCGCUGCUCGCCGUGCUGCAGCUGCCGUGUUUGUCCCUCAGGGGCCUCCGUACUGACAACGGGCCCUGGUACCUGGACCAGCUGUGUGCAGACCGGCAGCAGAAAGCCAUGGAUCAGGGCUGUGUGGACCCUCUGGAGCCUGAGGAGCUGCAGGAAGGAGUGACCAUCGCCAACCAGGACGCCACCCGAGCCCUGGCAGUGGAUGCUGCCGUGCAGAGUGUGAACGCGUCCCUGCGCGGCAGUGACCCCCGACACACGGUCAGCUGUCUGCUGACCUCUGACCUUCAGCUCCCUGAGGUGUAUCCGUCUGCUGCGUCUCUGUAUCACAGAGAGCUGCAGCUGCUGCAGAGACAGAGCCCACAGGGGGAGCUGCAGCAGGAGGAGCUCUUUGUUGCCGUGGAGAUGCUGUCAGCUGUCGCUCUCAUCAAUCAUUCUGUGGAGGCGGGACAUCUGCAGCAGUUCAGCUCCUCAUUGGUCAGUCCGUCUGCAGGGCUCUCUGAUGUCGACCCCACCCUGCUGGACAGGUACUUUGACGCUCUGCUCAGCGUGAAGCAGCAGGCGGGGAAACAGCUGCUCACCUGGAAUCACCUGCAGGAGGAAAUCAACAGAGUCAACGCCUCAUCGCAGGACGAACACCUACAGCUGCAGGUGUUGGCUCAGGUAAACGAGGCCGUGCUGAGAGGAGACACUGAGCGGCUGCUCUCCGCUCUGAUGCUGCCCUCUGCUGGAGUGGAGCAGGUUCUACCUGAGAACACCUGCAGAUACCUGAACCUGCUGACAUCAGCCCAGAAACACAGAGCACAGGUGAGCAGAGACCCAGGAGCCGAGCUGUGGUUGGCUGAUAUCCAGGAAGCUGUGAGGAGAGCCAAUCAGCAGAGCCAGAGAGCCCUCAAACUGUGUCUGUCCGUAGCGGCGGUGAAUCAGGCGGUGAAGGAGAACAGGGCGGGUCAGACUCUGCGUGUUCUGGCUCUACCUGAGGUCCACCUGCAGGGCGUCAUUCCCACCUGUGCUGCAGAGUAUCAGAGAGAGCUGCUGCAGCUGAUCACACACAGGAUGCACUCAGGGGACAACAGGAGUCCGUGGGUUCGAUUCCGGCUGGAGGACGGCUCGCUCUAUUACUUCCACCUGAACCGUCUGGAGGGCGGCUGGAGGAAACCCAACGGAUUCAUCCACAACAACGUGUUCCUGGACCGGGACCAGAUACAGGAAGUGGUCAGCGAAGUUUCCGGAUCGCACAGUCGCGGCGUGCUCUGGAGGAACAGUGAAGCCCUGAUCACUCGUCUGCAGGCGGCGUGUCGGGGUCACCUGGUCAGACGGAGGCUGGAGGCUCGACGACGUUACCUGAUGAGUCAGACGCCGGCUGUCGUCACCAUCCAGUCUCACUGGAGGAGGUUCGUCCAGCAGGGGGCGUACAGACGUCGGCUGCAGUUCCUCUACAUGAACUGGAGAGCUGUCGUGAAGGUUCAGUCGUUCGUCAGGAUGUGGUUGGCGAGGAGGAGAUAUCGAGCUCGGCUGAGUUUCUUCAGACGUCACGUGGGGGCUGUCGUAAAAAUCCAGGCCUUCUUCAGAGCUAACCGCGCCCGAGACGAGUACAGGAUGCUAGUGCACUCGGCCACGCCCCCUCUGUCCGUGGUCAGGAAGUUUGUUCACCUGCUCGACCUGGGAGACGGUGACAUCAGAGAGGAGGCGGAGCUUCUGCGUCUGAGGGAGGAAGUGGUGAGGAGCAUCCGCUUCAACCGCCAGCUGGAGGCAGACCUGAACCUGAUGGACCUGAAGAUCGGCCUGCUGGUCCGCAACAAGGCCACGCUACAGGAAGUGGUGUCUCACUGUAAGAAACUAACGAAGAAGAACGCGGAGCAGCUGUCAGACAUGAUGAACGUGGGGAAGAGCAAAGGACUGAAGGCCCUGAGCCGGGACAGGAGAGACCGGCUGGAGGCUUACCAACACCUGUUCUACCUGCUACAGACUCAGCCCCUGUACCUGGCUCAGCUGAUCUUCCUGAUGCCUCAGAGCCGGUCCACGGCCUUCAUGGAGAUGCUGGUCUUCAGUCUCUUUAACUACGGCUCCGACCGCAGGGAGGCGUACCUGCUGCUGCACCUGUUCACCGAGGCGCUGCGCUACGAGAUCAGGCUGAAGGUGGAGCAGCCGAAGGACGUGGUCACAGGUAACCCCACCGUCAUCAAGAUGCUGGUGAACUUUUACCGCCACGCUCGAGGUCAGAACGCCCUGAGGGACGCUCUGGGUCCAGCACUACAGGACGUCCUGCAGGACCGGAGCGUCAGCAUCAGGACUGACCCCCUGGACGUCUACAAGACCUGGAUCAACCAGACUGAGACCCAGACUGGAACAAAGAGCUCUCUGCCAUAUGACGUGUCCCCUGAAGACGCUCUGAGUCACCCUGAGGUCCAGAGACGCAUCGACAUCGCCAUCAUCAACCUGAAGAACCUGACGGACCGAGUCCUCAAGGCCAUCACCUCCAACCUUCACAAACUGCCGUAUGGUCUGCGUUACACAGCGAAGGUGCUCAGAGACGCUCUGAGGGCGAAGUUUCCUAAAGCGAGUGAGGACGACCUGUACAAGAUUGUAGGUAACCUGGUCUACUAUCGCUACAUGAACCCGGCCAUCGUGGCUCCGGACGGUUUCGACGUGGUGGACCGCUCCGCUGGCUCCGCCCUGCAGCCGGAGCAGCGUCACAUCCUGGGCUCCAUCGCCCGCAUGCUGCAGCACGCCGCCGCCAACAAACACUUCCACGGAGACGGGUACCACGUCCGGGUCCUGAACCAGUACAUCACCCAGACCCACAACCGGUUCAGGAAGUUCCUGUCGUGUGUGUGUGACGUCCCUGAGCCUGAGGAACGGUUUGAGAUGGACGAAUACUCCGAGCUGCUCAUCGUCAACAAACCUGUGGUCUACAUAUCCAUCAGUGAGCUGCUCAACACACACAAGCUGUUGUUGGAGCAGCAGCAGGUCUUGUGUCCGGACCCCUCAGACCCCCUCAGACUUCUGCUGAAAGACCUGGGUCCAGUGCCCACCCUGCAGGAGCUCAGCGGUGAUCCGUCAGCUGAUCCGGGGUCAGACGGUAAGAUGGAGGUUUCUCUGACACUCACCAACAAGUUCGACCUCUUCAACGAGGCCGACGACAAACAGGACGCCAGAGCGCUGCUGCUCAGCACGAAGCAGCUGAUCAUCGACAUCAUCAGAACCCAGCAGGGAGACUCUCUGAGCCACAUCCUGAGGGCGUCCGCGUCACAUGACCAGGAAGCGUCUCAUGAUUGGAUGGUGCAGCGGCGUGCUCGUCAGGACGCUCGCACGCCCGACAAGCUGAAGAGGAACCAGUCGCUGGUUGCUAAUGGCAACCUGAGUUUGGAGGAGAAGAAGAGGAAGAUCGUGAGGAGUCUUCGUCGUCUGGAGGCGCUCGGCGUCCUGAGACCGCCGCAGACCGAGAACCAGAUCCUGACCAUGAUCGCCAAGGACAUCCGUCAGCAGCGUCUGCACCGUCAGCGGCGAGGGGCGGAGCUCCAGAAGCUGCAUCAGACGCUCGGCAGUCUGCAGGAGAAGAGCAGCUUCCACAGCGAGCAGGUGGAUUACUACAGACAUUACAUCACUUCCUGUCUGGACAACCUGACCGCCAGCAAAUCGACCAAUAAGAAAGCAGCAGAGAGCAAAGGGAAGAAGAAGCUUCCUGCGCUGAGCUACAGCGCCGCCCGGCUGCAGGAGAAGGGAGUGCUGCUGGAGAUCAGUGACCUGCCACACACACAGUUUAAGAACGUGGUCUUCGACAUCACGCCCGGACCGGAGACAGGAAGCUUCAAAGUAAAAGCCCGGUUCCUCGGCGUGGAGAUGGAGGAGUUCCUGCUGAAGUAUCAGGACCUGCUGCAGAUGCAGUACGAGGGUGUGGCGGUGAUGAAGAUGUUCGACAAGGCGAAGGUCAACGUGAACCUGCUCAUCUUCCUCCUCAACAAGAAGUUCUUUAAGAAAUGAACCAAGUGACGCUCCUCCCUUACACUCCUAUCUCACUACAUCAUCUAUAUGUAUGCAUGAUAAUAAGUCACAGAGUGAGACAUCUUCACAUUCAUAUCUCUGUUUUUAUAUUUCAGUGUUUGAUCUUUUUUAGAAUCAUGUUGUUUUUUAUCUGUUACUGAAACACUCCAUUUAGGACAGAGUGAAGCAUCUUCACUACUAUCUUUGUAUCUCCCUCUACCUCCCUCAGUGUUUGGAUAUCUUUAUAAAUUACAGAGUGAUGCAUCUUCUCUACACUCCUAUCUUUGUUUCAGAUCUGCCUUUAUCAUGUAUUUAUCUAAGCUAUUUUAUAUCACAGUAUAUCAUGAGUCAGCACCCUUUAUAAACACAGAGUGAGGUGUCUGUUCUACACUAUCUUUGUUUUCUGUGUCUUACUACACUUCCUGUUAUCAGUCAGCUGAUCAAUAACUGACUGAUGAUUAAUAACUGUAAAUAUUUUCUGUCUCCUUCCUUUUCUUACAUGUUGGGAAACUUUUGAGUUUUUUACUGAAAUAAAAAUUAGUGGUUGAAAAAA